CGUGGACGCCCUGUCGGACCCGAAGAAGUUCCUGUCCAUAGCAGAGAAGAGAGCGGACCAGAUGAGAGCUCUGGGGAUUGAAACGAGUGACAUAGCGGACGUGCCAAACGAGAGUUCAAAGAACGACAAGAAAGGGAAGGUGAACGCCAACGUGAAGACCAACGUCACGCCACAGACCAGCUCGGACCCGGCUCAGUCCUCUAAGUCUGCCCAGAACAACACCACGGAGACCAAGAAGGAUACAAACACCCUCGUGCCGCAUGUGAACAUUGAUGACUUGAAACAGAUGAAGACGUACCUUAAACUGACUAAGAAGCAGCAGAAAGAUCUGAACUCUUUAAAGAAGAAGCACGCCAAGGACUGCACCAUCAUGCAGAAGUCCCACUGCACCCAGGUGGACAAGAUGAUCGCUCUGCACGACAAGGAGAAGCAGACACAGGAGAAGCUGCUGGAGAAGGCCAUCAAGAAGCGAGGAGAAAACAACUGUCUGGAGUUGAAGAAGGAGACUGAGAGUAAAGUGGAGAACCUGACCACAGACCACAAAACCAAGGUGAAGGACAUCACAGCCCAACACACUAAGGAGUGGUCAGAGAUGAUCAACUCCCACAGCAGUAUUGAGCAGGAUAUGAAGGACAUCCACGUGGUCCAGCAGUGUGAAACCUCAAGAAACUACUGAGUGGAGUCCAGGA